AUGGUUAAAUUAGAUGAUGACUUAAAGUCAAAUACAAUUAGAUUACCCGAAAAAUUGUUGAAUCAAGUUUUAAUUAAUAAUUAUGAAAAUAACGAUAAUGAUGAAAGAUUUCGUAAGAAAAGAAAAGGUGGUCCAAAUAUAUCAAGAAAAGACAAGAGAAAACAGGAAAGAGAGUUGAAAAAGCAAAAAAGGGCAAAGAAACCAAAUCAGAUCACAAAGGACAAGAUUACCUAUAACAAACUGGAGAAAAAAGGCAAAAGUCCGAAAAAUGUAAAAUUUGCAACCAAAAAUGAAGACGAAAAUGAUGAAGAAGAUCCUAUGGAAGCAUUAAGAAAGUUAAAAGAGAAGAAAAAUGGAUCCAAUAAGAAAUCAGAAAUACGAGUAGUUAAAGAGGAUGAUUUACAAGAUGAUGAUUUAUCGGAUUUUGACGGAGAUGAGAAUUUUGAUGAGGAUGACAUAGAAGAAGAUCCACUAGAAGCAUUAAAAAAGUUAAAAGAGAAGAAAAAUGGAUCUAAGAAACCAUCAGAAGUUAGAAUAGUGAAGGAGGAUGAUUUACAAGAUGACGAUUUUUCAGAUUUUGAUGAAGUAGAUGAAGAUAUAGAAGAAGAUCCACUAGAAGCAUUAAGAAAGUUAAAAGAGAGAAAGAAUACAUCCAAGAAAAAUUCUGAAGUUAAAAUAGUAAACGAGAAUGAAUUAGAUGAUGAAGAAGAUGACUUUUUCAAUUUUAAGGAAGAAGAAGAACCUAUAAAACCAUCAAAAAAAGAAAAGAAGACACAAAAGAGCGAGAAACCAGUUUUACCACCACAAGAUAGAGAUUUGUUUAGACAGGACGAUGAAGAUAUUGAAUAUUAUGCUAAGAAAUUGGGUUUAAAGAAUGGUAAAAAAUCAAAAUUGACUAAAGUAGACGAAAAUGAUGAGAUAGGUGGUUUAUUAGACGGUUUAGAUUUAGACUUUGAAUCAGAAGAAGAAGAAGAAGAAGAAGAAGAAAAAGAAGAAGAAGAAUCUGAAGAAGAAGAAUCGGUGGUACCAGCUGGUAAAAGAAUUUUUGAACAGGAUGAUGAUGAUAUAGAAUAUCAUGCCAAAAAAUUAGGUUUGAAGAAUGGCAAAAGAUCAAAAUUAUCAAAAGAAGAUGAAUUUGAUGAAAUAGGUGGAUUAUUAGAUGGAUUGGAAUUUGAUUUUGAGAAAGAAGACAAUGGAGAAACUGAAGAAGCUGAACAAUCUGAACAAUCUGAAUCCGAAUCAGAGCCAGAUGAUGAAGCAAGACAAAAAGAAAAUCCAUGUGUUGCACCAGGUACAGAUGAACCGAUAGAAGGAGAAUUAACAACUACUCAAAAAUAUAUUCCACCUGCAUUACGUAAAAAAAUGGCAUUAGAACAAGGAAAUCAAGUAUCUGAAGAGACAUUACAAUUACGUAAAUCAAUUAAAGGUCCAUUGAAUAAAUUAUCAGAGGCAAAUAUAGGUACAAUAGUAAAUGAACUACAAAGGUUAUAUAUGUCAAAUCCAAGACAAAUUUUAAAUGAAGAAAUAACUUCAAUUAUAUUAGAUUCUAUAAUUCAACAGGGGAGAAUAUUAGAUACAUUUGUUUAUUUACAUGCUUGUGUUAUUGUUGCAUUGUAUAAAUUACAGGGUAUUGAUUUUGGUGCAUAUUUCAUUCAAGAAUUGAUUGAAAAAUUUGAGAAAUAUAAUCAAGAAGCAAGUAAAUCUAAAGAAUCAUCUAAUUUAAUAUCACUUUUAAGUUCACUAUACACAUUUCAAUUAAUUUCAUCUAAACUAUUAUAUGAUAUAAUUAAAAAUUUGAUAACUGAUUUAAAUGAAAAUAAUGCUGAUAUUUUACUAAGAUUGACUAGAAAUUCAGGUAAUCAAAUGAGAUCAGAUGAUCCUUCAUCCUUGAAAGACAUUGUAAUUUUAAUAAAUGAGAAAUAUGCCAAUUUACCAAAAGAGUUAAACAAUACAAGAAUUCAAUUUUUAAUUGAAACUAUCUCAUCUUUAAAAAACAACAAACUUAAAAUCCUAAAUGAAGCCAAUCAUCAAUUAACCAUCAGAUUAAAGAAAUUUCUCGGUGGAAUAAGUAACAUCACCGAUCCAAUACAAGUCAAUCUUGAAGAUAUUCAUAAUGUUUCAACUAGAGGUAAAUGGUGGUUGAUUGGUUCAGCAUGGAAAGGAAAUGACGAGGAGAAAUUUGUUCAAGAUGUAGAUACAACUGCAAUGAAUGAUAUUAUUGACACUGCAGAACCUAACUGGAUGGAAUUGGCAAAGUUACAACGUAUGAAUACUGAUAUACGUAGAGCUAUAUUUAUUUCCAUAAUGUCUGCAAAUGAUUAUAUUGAAGCCAUGACGAAAUUGGAUAAAUUAAGUUUGAAAAGGUCACAAGAACGUGAAAUUCCAAGAGUUUUAACUCACUGUGCAAUUAUGGAACCUUCAUAUAAUCCAUACUAUGGUGUACUUGCAAAUAAAUUAUGUGAUUCUCAUUCAUUUAGAAAAACUUUUCAAUUUAUGUUUUGGGAUUUAGUUAAAGAAUUAGAUGGAAUGAGUGAAGAAUCACAAUUUAAUGAAGAUGACGAAGAGACAAAACUUCGUAAAAUAUUGAACUUGGGAAGAUUUUAUGGUUCUUUAUUAGCUGAAAAUUCAAUACCAUUGCAUAAUUUAAGAACAAUUAAUUUUUUGACACUAAGCUCAGAUACUCAAUUAUUGUUAGAAGUGUUAUUCGUUAGUUUUUUUGAUCAAAUUGGUAAGAGAUCAAAGAAAAAUUCAGUUGGUGCUGGUAUGAAAUCAAUUAAAGGUGAUAUGAUAGCUGUGAAAUUUGAUGAUAAAAUUCUAGUUGAACGAGUAAUUAAAGCAAAGGAUCAAACUACAUUAUUAAGAGGAUUACAAUAUUUCCUACAAGAGAAAGUCAAAUCUAGUGAUGUCAUAAAUGGACAAAAACAGAUAAUGAGAGUCAAGUGGGGAGUAGAUGCUAUGUUUGAUAUAAUUGAUGAAUUUUUAAGAGAUGCUGAAUAA